AUUAUUGCGUAAAGUAGUAUAAAAAAUCGUUUCAAAAUUUUCAUCAAAAUUGAAUAAUAAAUCGUCGGUUCGACCGAUGCUGCAUAUGCCGUUAUUGUACAACCGGUACAUUAGACACUCUGAGCGUAAUCUGUCGAUUGUCUAACUUUAAAAUUCGGCGUUAUGGCAUCGGACAACGAAUCCGACGCCGAACUCGAUGAAAACUACUACACAUUUCUCAAUUUGCCGCGAGAUGCCACCACCGAGCAAAUUAACACGGCAUACCGAAAGCAGAGUCGCAUUUACCAUCCGGACAAGCAUACGGACCCGGAUAGCAAGAAGGAGGCAGAGAUUAUGUUCAAUAGAACAAAACGCGCCUACGAGGUUCUGUCCGAUCCGCAGCAGCGUGCUAUUUACGAUUCAGUAGGGGAAAAGGGUCUCAAAACAGAAGGCUGGGAAAUUGUACACCGCACAAAGACACCGGCAGAGAUACGUGAGGAGUAUGAACGCUUGGCCCAGGCUGCGGCCGAGCGUCGCCUGCAGCAGCGCACCAAUCCUCGUGGCAACAUCACCAUCAAUGUGAAUGCUACCGAAAUAUUUACUCCCUACGAUGAUUCUGAGAUGCCGCGAGUGGAGAUUGGUUCAAUGAGCAUUGCCCAAUCGAUUGAGGCGCCUAUAACUCGUAAGGAUAUGAUCAUCAUGAGUGGCAAUCUGUACUCAUCCAAUGGCACGGGCAAUGGCGGCUUUAUGGUUGCGGGGCGCCGACUACUUAACAAAGGUUGGAUGGAGAUUUGCCUUGGUGCCGGCAAUGGCUUUCUCUUGGGUCUUAAGGGUGGACGCACGCUUACAUCGAAGCUAACGCUGAAUGGCGGCACCAAUAUGAAUUUCCAGGAAAAUGGUGUUAUACCCGUUGUGUUUUCCACGCUGGCUGUUCAGCUAGACAAGCAUACCGUUGGCAGUCUAACUCUCAAUGCCGGGCCGCAAUCAUCCAUGUCCACGCAGAUUGAUCACUCCAAUGAUCAGCACGCCAUCAGCACUUCCUUUGUGAUAGGGACUCCUCACAUGUACUUUGGCGUCUCCUAUACGCGGAAGAUGCUAGAGAACGAGAUGAAGCUGAAGUUGGCGACCAAAGUGGGUACAUUUGGCUUCUUGGGGGAAUAUGGAGUAGAAAAAAAAGUUUCGAAAUAUAGUUCGGUGAUAGCCACCGUUUCCAUAGGAGUGCCUUCCGGAGUCAUACUCAAAUUGAAAAUAAUUCGUUCAAAUCAAUCGUAUGUGUUUCCAAUACAUCUGAGUGACGAAAUUGUGCCCGCAGCUGUUUUCUAUGCAACAGUGACUCCGAUAAUCGCGUGGUUUUUCGUAAAAAAAACCAUUAUGGACCCCAUGGAGGCUGAUCGCAAGAGCAUCGAGGUGGAGCGUUCAAAACGGCAAAAUGAGCAGCGUUUAGCUGCUAAGAAAUCGGAGGCAAUGGCAGCAAUACACUUGAUGCAGAGCACAUACAAUCGCAUCAUAAAUGAGGAACAGGCGCGUCGUGGACUGAUUAUUAAGAGAGCGAUUUAUGGUUGCAUCAAUGAAGGCACCUCCCAGUUCAAACCCGAGACAUCGCAUGAUGUGACGGUGCCCAUUCAGUGUUUAGUCAGAGAUGGUACAUUACAGUUGUAUGAAUCGUCGAAGAGCGACUUACCUGGCUUUUUUGAUCCGAGCUUGGGCGACGAUAAGAUAUUGCGCAUAGAGUAUACAUUUGAUGAUGUAUUAAAAACUGUCAAUAUAAAGGACAAUGAGCCAGUACGACUGCCAGGAUAAAACGCAUUGAAAUUUGUAAAAAUCUUCAGUUUUUUGUUUAAACAUUGUUUUUAUAAUUAAUAGUAGCUGUAAAAAGAAACACAAAUA